AGGAACAGAGUGGAGAGGAAAGGAGAGAGACAUAGUAAGGUUUAGGAACAAGAAGGAGUUGUUGCCUGUGAUACAGUACAGACAGACAGACAGACAGACAGACAUUUAUUGUCUUCUUGCAACUUCUAGCAGCGGUACCAGUCUGUCUUACACAACUAAGGGUGGAAGUGCAGGCGACAGAGAAAAGGGAGUUGCCUACUAGCAGAGGUCAGGCAGGCAGAGGGGAAGCUAGUGGAUGUUUUUUAAGAGUUUGCUUAUCUGACACUGACAACAGGAUGAGGAGCUGAGUGAGGGAGUAGAGAGGAAGAGAAGCAUGGAGCAAGCGACUUUACCUACAGUACAUUUGCAUAGGAGACAUAGGAGAGACAUGCACUGGCUUCUCUGAGAGAGGUAAAGAGACAGAGGUAAACAGUCCACUUUGUCCAUUCUGUCCAAAGGAGCGGGAGCGAGAGCCGAGGGAUCGUAACACUGGAGCUCAAGGAUAAACCAUGGACUCUGCAUACAUCCCACUACACCUGGACGUCCACCAUGUUCCCUCCUAACCUCCUGCUCCUCAUGGUCCUGCUGCUACCUCAUGCCUCGUCUGGUCGCCAGGGUGGAGACACCAGCGAGAUCGAUCAUGGCAGGGUGCACCCCACACCUUCCGCUUUGUCACCAUCACUCCGGGAUCCCGGUCUGGCUCAGACCAUCCAGAGUCUCCUUUUGAGCCGACUGGGGCUGCAGUCUCAGCCUGACCCAAGGCCUGGAGUGCCGGUGCCACGGUACCUCCUGGAUCUUUACCACUUCCACCAGCAGCAGUACCAUCUAGUAGAGGACCCUUCAUUUAGUUUCCCCAGUCAGCACAUCCAGGAGGCCAACACUAUACGCAGCUUCCACCACAAUGAGCCCCUUGGAGACAGUCUUGGUGCAGAGGAUCAUACCAGAGUGCACAUUUCCUUCAAUAUCUCUUCCAUCCCUCAAGAUGAGAGUGUGCUCUCUGCUGAGCUCCGCCUCCGUCGCAGUGACGGAGCAUCUCUGGGUCCUGGACCCCACAGACUAAACCUAUUCCUCUCUGAGCACCAUGAGGACCCUGAGCCCACUCUGCUGGAAACAAGGUUACUCACCAAUGGCCUCCGUAGUUAUAAAACAAGUGGUUUCUGGGAGGCUUUUAGUCUUAGCGCAGAACUCCUACAUGAGGCCCAUGCUGGGACUGGCAGCCUAGGAUUCCUCCUGGAGGUCAGACCUGAAAACACCACCUCACUUCCUGAGCAGAACCUCUCUUCUGCUGCAAGUGAGGGGACGGAGAAAUCAAAAGAGGCACACCUGAGGGUGUGCAGAUCUGUGGGACAAGACGAUCACAGCUGGGCCCAAGAGAGACCCCUCUUGGUUACUUACAGUCAUGAUGGUCGUGGACAGCCUUUAGUCAAACAUGGUAGAAGAAACCCUGGUAAUGGCCAGAGGAGAAAAGGAGCAAAGGCAAGGGUCAAGAAUAAAAACAAGGGUCUCAAUAGAAACCAAAUCUGGGGAAGGGACAAAAGAAUGGGGUAUACUGUGCCGAGCUGGGCGGAUGACAAAGGAGGAAUCAGUUGGAGCGAACGUGGCAGGGUGAAAAGAAACGGCGGUCGUUCUGCAAAACUGAAACGCCUUUCCCGCAAUAGAUGCCGCCGCCAUCCACUUUACGUAGAUUUCAAUGACGUGGGCUGGGAAAAGUGGAUCAUUGCACCCAGUGGCUACGACGCCUUCUUCUGCCUGGGUGAGUGUCGCUUUCCUUUGGCUGACCAUAUGAACUCCUCAAGCCACGCCAUGGUGCAAACUCUGGUAAACUCUGUGAAUGGAGCAGUGCCCCGGGCCUGCUGCGUCCCAACCUCUCUCAGUCCCAUCGCCCUGCUCUACCUGGACUCUCAAGACCGAGUUGUGCUGAAAAAUUAUCAGGACAUGGUUGUGGAGGGCUGCGGCUGUCGGUAGUGAGCUAGAGAACUCGGACCGAGUGACAAACUCACGUGGUCGGUGGGAAAAAAGAAGCAACAGAAGCAUGAAAAUGCAGAUGAGAGAAGGCAAGAAGAGACUCUAGAAGCCAACUAAUUUUAGACUGAGUGACAGAGACAAAUGUAGCAACAUACCAAGGAUGAGUGAGAGAUUGGGAAAGGGAUGAAAGAGAAACAGACAGACCCUUAUACAUAUAUAUAUAUAUAUAUAUAUAUAUAUAUAUAUAUAUAUAUAUAUAUAUAUAUAUAUAUAUAUAUAUAUAUAUAUAUAUAUAUAUAUAUAUAUAUAUAUAUAUAUAUAUAUAUAUAUAUAUAUAUAUAUAUAUAAUUAACAAGUAAUUAGAAAACAGGAGAGGAACAAGUGUUAUCAGAAAUAUGGUCAAACUGCCCUGUCGUUUAAUUUCUGCCAUUUAGCUACAAUGCAACAGUGCACAUCAUCAACCGACUGGUUGCUAUUACAGCAGAAGUGUAUAUUCAUGUUUGCUACACAUCUAGCUUUGACAAAGACGGUCUGACAGGCACAUGCAUAUGUGCUUAGCUUUUUUUAGAGCAGGGUUUACACAGUUCUUUACUGUUCUGAUGGACUUACUGAUGAUCGGCAGCAUUAGCAAUUUGACGAUGGCACCAGUGUGGCAUCCAGACUUUGAGACGGCGUUGUUUCUGCAGUAUUUGAACUGGGAAGAAGGGUUCAUAUGUUUUUAUGAAAGGUAAUAAAAUAAUACACCCCUUCACAAACACUCCUUCAUCAAGCUAUUUAAAAACCACAACAAUAAUGCUGAGGAACUAUUAUGCUAUUAUUUGAAUGUACUAUUAACAUUAUUAUUUAAAUAAAAGAGACUUUUUUUUGUAAAUUUAUUUUGCAGACUGAGGAAAUCCAGUGAUAGUUGUCUUGUGAUUAUAUAUAAAUCCACUGAAUCCUGAUUCUAACUUAAAAGACACAUUAUCUAUUUAAAUAGCUGCAAUAUGGUGUAUUUAAUCUUUAACAUAUUUAAGAUACCUGCACUCAAUAGAGCAUACAGCAUAUUAAAAGUCUGCGAUCCAAAUGAAGUGACUUAAGGUAGCUUUACAUCCAUGCAAAUGUUCAGUGUAUUGAAUUAACAGUCUGUGUUACUUCUCAUGUUAUCAUUGAACACUUUUCAGUGUGCAACACACAAUAGCAGACGUAAGUGGUGUGGCCUACAAAAGCUCAACUAACAAGCCAAUUGUAAGCUCUGUGUAUUGUAGCUACUGACGUGUGUAACAACAGGUGUCUUAGCUAGUUGUGUCUGCAUGUGUCAAGAUGUUUUUUUUUAAAGGAUGACUGAUGUUAAAACAGGGACUUUAGUGCCUUUCAAACAGGGGCUAUAAGUGUGUUCUCUGCUGAGCUUGGUAAAUGUUUCAGUGUUGCAUUCUUCUCUCUAAAUGGAAACAUUUAAACAAGAGCUUGUAAAAUGUUUGACAAUAUACCUCUAAUAAACAGCGCAAACAGCACAACUGU